UAGGUAUUGCGCAAUGCUACAGUACUCUUCCCCAAAAGCGCAUCUUUAUUGCUGCACGGAUCGGAUGAGUUCCUGCUUUUGCGGAAGCGAAAUUGCUAGCGCUAGAGAGCAAAUAAGCUUGCAAGGGUUGAGGAAAAGACACCAUAAAAUUAAAGGGAAAAAAUAAGAAAAAUACAUCUACCGAUAGCCCGUCGAGGAGAUGGGGGAUAAGGCCGGCACUAGAGUCUUCAAGAAGUCAAGCCCCAACUGCAAGGUCACAGUAUACCUGGGAAAGAGAGACUUUGUGGAUCACCUUGACCAGGUGGACCCAGUCGAUGGUGUGAUCCUAGUGGACCCUGAGUAUCUGAAAGACAGGAAAGUGUUUGUGACCCUGACAUGUGCGUUCCGCUACGGCCGUGAGGACCUGGACGUGCUGGGCCUGUCUUUCCGGAAAGAUCUGUACAUCUCCACCUUCCAGGCGUUCCCCCCCAUCGCAGAGGAACGCAAAGCCAACAGCCGCCUGCAGGAGAGACUACUGAAGAAACUGGGCCAGCAGGCACACCCCUUCUACUUCACUAUUCCCCAGAACCUGCCGUGCUCAGUCACCUUACAGCCAGGACCAGAGGACACAGGGAAGGCAUGUGGGGUUGACUUUGAGAUCAGAGCAUUCUGUGCCAAAUCGAUAGAGGAGAAGAUUCACAAACGGAACUCUGUGCGGCUGGUGAUCCGUAAGGUGCAGUAUGCCCCAGAGAAGCCUGGGCCUCAGCCCAUGGUGGAGACCACACGGAGCUUCCUCAUGUCGGACCGCUCACUACACCUGGAGGCCUCUCUGGAUAAAGAGCUCUACUACCAUGGAGAACCCAUCAGCGUGAACGUUCAUGUCACCAACAACUCCACCAAGACUGUCAAAAGACUCAAAAUCUCAGUGCGACAGUAUGCUGAUAUCUGUCUGUUCAGUACGGCUCAGUACAAGUGUCCAGUGGCUCAGGUGGAGGCAGAUGACCAGGUGUCGUCUAGCUCUACGUUCUGUAAGGUGUACACCCUCACACCCACGCUAGACAAGAACCGAGAGAAGAGAGGCCUUGCCCUGGAUGGAAAGCUCAAACACGAGGACACCAACCUGGCCUCCAGCACCAUUGUUAAGGAUGUGACUAACAAGGAGGUUCUUGGAAUCCUGGUGUCCUACAGGGUCAAAGUCAAACUGGUAAUAUCUCGUGGAGGGCUGCUGAGUGGCGUGUUAGAAAGAGAUGUGUCGGUGGAGCUGCCCUUCGUCUUAAUGCACCCCAAACCCACAGAACUGCCCAUAUCCCGCCCACAGUCAGCUGUGCCGGAUUCGGACCCUCCCAUCGACACCAACCUGAUAGAAUUUGAAACAAAUAGUUUCUCCCAAGACGACGACUUUGUGUUCGAGGACUUCGCCCGCCUGCGGCUCAAAGGAAUGGCUGACGACAAGGACGACGACUGCUAGAGCUCACAUGUGUAUAUACACACACACACACGGUGGAAUGAAGGCAUGUGGACGGAGAGAUGUGGUGGCCUCGUGGUCUGCUGAAAAGAUCCUGAUGUCACUCAGUGUUCAUUUGGGGGGUGGCAAACACAGCACCAUGUAAAUGGUGACUUAAUGUUGUGCAUUUGCGAUGCUGACAAUGAUUGAAAUGUCUUGGCUGUUCACACCGAGGAAGAAAGUGCCAUUUAAAAGGGGGCUUUAUAUCAUUAUUUUUCCACCAAUAAUGAUUUCAAUAAAUAUUUGUACAAAUAUUGAUAUAAAACAAAGUUUAGAGUACCUGCUUAAGAGGGGAGAGAAGGGAAAACAGACUGACACCUUUCAUCAUCUGCCCCAUUUUUUCAUUCCUCUGAAAUUCUACCAUGUCAUCCAUUCUGUAAAAAAAACAUGUUUUAGGGGAAGGAUAGAGGAAGUUUGUGAUUCACCCUCUUCUGCAAUACGAGGACAGACUAUACACUACCACUUAAGUAAACGUGCACCAUCUGGACCCUCACUGUAAAGCCUAGGGCACGGGUAUUCAACUCUUACCCUACGAGGUCUGUAGCCUGCUGGUUUUCUGAUCUACCUGAUAAUUAAUUGCACCCGCCUGGUGUGCCAGGUCUAAAUCAGUCCCUGAUUAAAAGGGAACAAUGAAAACAAGCAGUGGCACUGGCUUCGGGGUCCAUAGUUGAGUUAAGGGCCUAGGGAUACUCCUUAUAGUCCGCCUCAAUGCAGCACUAUGACAUUCACUUCCCCAUUUUGCUCAGACAGACACUUGCACAUGGUCUAAGAGCAUGAGUAUUUUAGAAUAAUUUCUCGAUCAGAUUUCACUCCUAUCCCAAAUCAUCAACCCCUAUCAUCUCCUCCAUUGGCACUCCAGUAGAACUGAMAGGACUGGAUAGGUAUAUGUAAUGUAGGAAAAUUCAAACUAACCAAUCAGAAGGCAGGAUGAAGCAAUUACCAUAAUAGCCAUACCUAUCCGAUCCGAGAAGUGYCUAGUGACAGGGCAAGCUAUGGGUCAGUUUGAGAUUCAGCUUCGGUGUCAGAGCCACAACAGUACCAAUGGAGCAUAUUUUUCAGCAGUGCUGUGAACUAUGGUCUGUUAUUGUUGUUUUGCUUCUAUGGGUACCUGUUCACAGCUCUAAGUGUGAAUAUUUGAAAGUGCUACCACUGAGCUGAGUUCCAUAAUAUCUACAGGAAGGAUGCUGAUAUGAUUUUGGUGGAACAUGACAGGAAACAAUGAAUAUUAUUACUACUGUGUCAUUACCAUGAUUAUUCUCAAUCAUUUAAGGAAAAAAUUGUUUGCCAUUUGUUUAUUUCAGAAUUUUAAUUUUUUUAUUAAAGGCAAAAUGAAUUAACUUAAA